AUGAAAUUCUCUCAUUCAUUGCAGUUUAAUGCCGUCCCUGAGUGGUCGUCGAAGUACAUCGCUUAUACUACGUUAAAGAAAUUAAUUUACACAUUACAAAGGAAUUCUUUACAUUCGCCAGGUAAUGACAUCGAGUCUAGUCAGCUUCUAUCCAACUAUUCAUCGGUGCCUGGAAAUAAUGGUGAUCCAUCGAGUGUCUUUUUAGCAGCUCUAGAUGCUGAAUUAAAGAAGAUUGACGAGUUUUAUCAAGCACAAGAAAAGAUAAUCUUUAAAAGUCUUGAAGAAUUGGUUGCUGAUAUGGAAGAUUUUGAGAAUGAAUUGAACACAGCAACUAGCUUUCGUGGUAGGAACGACUCUGAUUUUAAUGACUUCAGUUUGAAUAAGAGUAAGAGGAAUCGGGACCGUGCUGGCUCUGGGGCUUCUGCUGAUUAUGGUACUACAACAGAUCCUGAAACAUACACUCAAGCUGAAGAAGAUAACGCAGACUAUGAUGACCAUGAAGAAGGUGAUAUCAACAGCGAUAGGGGAAGGUCUAAAUCGAGGGGUAAUGCAUUAGAGACUACAAAGUCAAUAAAUGAAUAUUUAAAAUCCCCUAGGGCACAAGAUGUCUGGAAUAAUCUUAACAGAAGUGCGUCCAAUUUACCUCCUCUGAUGGUUCUUUUGUCUGAGAAUAGAGUUAUUUUAAGAAAGAGGGUGAUUGGAUUAUAUACCACUUUGUCUGAACUUAAGUCAUAUAUUGAAUUGAAUGAAACUGGAUUUAAAAAGGCGUUGAAGAAAUUUGAUAAGUCUUUAAAUACUCACUUGAAAGAUGAUUAUUUAACUAAUUUACCUUUGAGGUCCUAUGUUUUCAAGCCUUCCACCAAAGCAAAAGUCGAUGAAAACUUAGAAUCGUUGGUUAGCUUAUAUGCAAUGAUUUGUAAUCAUGGAAACGGUUUAGAAUUGGCUAAAUCUGAAUUAUCUAUUCAUUUGAGAGAGCACGUAGUAUGGGAACGAAACACAGUAUGGAGAGAUAUGAUAGGACUAGAGAGGAAAUCACAGGCUGCGAACACCACAAAGGACACCGUCACGAACGAGAAGGACAAUAAGAAAGCGACCUUUCAGUUUAAUAUUUCUUUGAAAAAUCCUAGAAUUAUAAAGCUAAUAUCAAUCACAGUAAUUACUAUUAUUUUCUUGAACAUGUCAUUGUUUGAAGAUAAACAGCAACAACAUUGCUUCAGUCUAGUUCUCUGUGCCUCGUUAUUGUGGGCGACUGAGACUGUUCCAUUAUUUGUUACUUCAUUGUUGGUUCCAGUCUUGGUUGUGAGCUUGAAAGUUUUGAAAAACGACGAUGGUAGUGUAAUGGAUGCGCCUUCUUCUUCGAAAUAUAUUCUAUCAACUAUGUGGAAUUCUGUGAUAUUACUACUUUUAGGAGGUUUUACAUUAGCUGCAGCACUAUCCAAAUACCAGAUAGCAAAAUUGAUAUCUACAUGGAUUUUGUCGAAGGCGGGAACAUCUCCAUCAAUCGUCUUAUUGACUAUAAUGGGAGUUGCUUUAUUUGCUUCUAUGUGGGUUUCUAACGUGGCUGCUCCCGUUUUAUGCUUUUCUCUAAUACAACCCCUUUUGAGGACCCUUCCGAGGGGCUCUCAAUUUAUUAAGUCCUUAAUUUUGGGUAUUGCAUUAGCGUCUAAUAUCGGAGGCAUGGCUUCUCCAAUUGCUUCGCCGCAAAACAUAAUAGCAAUUGGAGCUAUGGAUCCUCCACCUUCUUGGGCUCAGUGGUUUAUUAUAUCGCUUCCUGUUUGUGUUUUGUCGCUAUUAUUAAUUUGGGUUUUCUUAUUGAUCACAUUUAAUUGCAAUUCGCACAAUACUCAAUUAGUUGCCUUCCGAACCAUUGACGAUAAAUUCACUCUUGUUCAAUGGUACGUCGCUGUUGUGUCUAUAGGAACUAUAUUCUUAUGGUGCAUUGCUUCGAGGCUAGAAAGUAUUUUCGGAGAAAUGGGUAUCAUCGCACUUUUGCCUUUGCUACUAUUUUUUGGACCUGGAUUGUUGACAGCAGAAGAUUUCAAUAAUUAUCCUUGGAAUAUUGUCAUAUUGGCAAUGGGAGGUACAGCUUUGGGAAAAGCGGUUUCAUCCUCGGGUCUCCUUGCCACUAUUGCAGUCUCCAUUCAAAAUCAUGUUGAAGGUUUCUCUUUAUUGGGCGUAACUUUGACAUUUGGUCUUUUGAUUUUGACAGUUGCAACAUUUGUUUCCCAUACGGUAGCAGCAUUGAUCAUAAUUCCAUUAGUUUCAGAAAUAGGCAAUAAGAUGCCCGAGCCACAUCCAAGGUUGUUGAUAAUGGCCAGUGCACUCUUAUGCUCUGCGGCAAUGGGUUUACCAACUUCUGGGUUCCCUAAUGUAACUGCAAUUUGUAUGACGGAUGAAUUUGGAAAGCCGUAUUUGACCGUUGGAACUUUCAUCACUAGGGGUGUUCCCAGUUCUGUGAUCGCAUAUUUCAUUAUAGUCACAAUUGGAUAUGCUACCAUGAGGAUUAUCAACUUUUAA